AUGGUUUGGAGACGUUCGUCUGAUAUUCCGUUUCCUUCCGUUUGGCACCGAUUUCAGGCCAAAUCCGGAACUAGCGAUCGACAGGCAUGGUACGUUGUUCAAGAUCUACCGGAGGAACUUUUCGAGGCGGCCGUCCAAAAUAUGACCGGUCCAUUUUCCCGGGAUGAACUGAUGAAUCGAACAUUGGGCUUUGAACAGGACACACUGGCGAUGAACACGAUCAUCAGCCAGUGGCGCGAGAUGGUUAGCCAAAGGUUGUCCCUAGUGUGCUUCGAAGAAGGUUCCAGCAAAAUUGUCGGUCUAAAUAUCGUGGCAUCAUCGAAUGAAUCCGACGACAGUUUUCAGUUCCCCAGUGCCAUAUUUCAAACAAUCUUCGACGCCAUCGGGUACAUCUGUAAAUCGGCGAACGUUUUCGACAAAUACGGAGUCAACGAGUACCUUAGCUCGAUGGGACUUUCCGUAGAGCCGGAAUACCGAGGUCGAGGAAUUGCAACCGAGAUUCUCAGGGCACGGGUUCCACUUUGUCGAGCUGUAGGCCUCCGACUGACGUCAACCUGUUUUACCGGACCAGCUUCUCAGCAUGCGGCUCGGAAGGCAGGCUUCGUCGAAGACUUCUCUGUACAAUAUGGAGCCCUCGUGGAAGUUGACAGACGGUUUGUGUUUCCGGGAAUCGAACAGGAACGGUGCAGUUAUAUGAGUUUGAGCAUCAAUUAA